CAGAACUUUGAGAAAGUACAAUGGAAACUCACAAGGAAAGGGUGGAAAUAAUCAAUAUAUACCCACACCCAGCGCCACAUGCAAACAAACACGAUAAUUCCAAACAUAAAACCUAACGGUCAUAGCGUUGAAUUUCUUCGGCACAGUGUUCUGCUCUCUCUUUUACCUCAUUUUGUCCUUAUCUCCAUCCGUCAGUUUUCUUCGUAUUUUAUCAGUUAAAUUGCGGUCAUUUAAUGACUUCUCAUUGCACGAUCCUGCGCAUCAUGGGUCUGAGAACGAUAGAAGAGGGACGUUUGGUCAACUUGAAUUAAUUUUGUUAUGAGCACGCCGAACCAGAUGAAGGCAAGAGACUUCAUUGAGGAAGGGAAGAAACGGAUUGUUUUUCUAGUCAUAUGCGUCGUGGGUCUGUCAUAUCUCAUGUCGUUGACAAGCUCAUCAGUUUGGGUAAACUUACCAGUUGCUACCUCCCUUGUUGUUAUUCUCCGCUAUCUAUUGCUAGAUUUUGAUAUGAAGAGAAAAGCUGCAUUAUAUAACAGUAGACCGUGUACAACCACAGCUCAGUCUUCAAAGAAACCUCUUGAAUUUCCUAAAGUUGUUGCAAAGUCAGAUUGGAGAGAAAAGGUGAAUUCUCCUGUUGUUGAGGAAGCAAUGGAUCACUUCACUAGACAUCUAGUUUCUGAGUGGGUGACUAACCAGUGGUACUCUCGCUUGACACCAGAUAGAGAGGGUCCUGAGGAGUUAGUGCAAAUAAUAAUUGGUUUUCUUGGAGAGCUUUCAGGACGGAUGAGGAAUAUAAACCUGAUUGAUCUUUUGAUGAGUGAUCUUAUUAAUCUCAUUUGCACACACUUGGAGGUGUUUCGUGCUACUUUAGCAAAAAUUGAAAAGCAAACUUCAUCUCCUUUAACAAUUGAAUCUCUAGAUACAGAAUUGAAACCUGCUUUGGCUGCAGAGGACAAAUUGCAUCCUGCUUUAUUUUCUGCUGAAGCCGAGCAUAAGGUUUUGCAGCAUUUGAUGGAAGGUCUUAUGUCAGUCACUUUCAAGCAUGAGGAUUUGCAGUGCUCUUCCAUUCGACACACUGCUCGAGAACUACUUGUGCAUGCAGUGAUGAGACCUGUUCUCAACUUAGCCAGUCCAAGAUUUGUUAACGAAAGAAUUGAAUCUGUUGUAAUUAAUAAGACCAAACUUAAAAAAGCAGCUAAUGCAGUUCAGGAAGCAUCUCACUCCACAGAAGAUAGAUUGAAGAUAUCUUCUGAUCGUUUUCCUAAGAUUUUAAAUUCUUCUAUUACUGGUUUAGAGCUGGUACAGCUAGGAAAUAGUCAUUCCAGAAAUGCACAGUCAUCUGUGGAAGAUAAUUUUGUUGAUACUUUUUCUAAAGAUCCAUUGCGUUCAAUUGAUGCUCUAUUAGCACUUUUGUGGAAGUCAUUGCCAUCAAACUCCCGAAUUAAUGAUAAUCAAAGUGUUAAACAAUAUCACUCAAGAGGGCAGUGGGGUGAUAUCUUGGAUCUCAUGUCCCAGAGAAUGACCCAAACUCUUGCUCCAGAACAUUUUGAGAACAUGUGGACAAAAGGGAGAGGUUACAAGAACAUGGAUCGGGAGAAUCAGUCAAGGGAGCUUGUCCUGCAACAAGUGGUAGGAAAAUUGCCAAAAAGUGAUCAUAAGAAGGUGAUACCAGGACCUGAAGAAAAGGAAACUAACUUUAAACUUAAUCUCUCCAAUGGUACCAGUGCUACCGCUAAUUUGGGGUGCAGUAAUCGGCUUACAGUAGAAGACACACCUGUUUGUGCAGACAGGAGUAUAUCAACUUGUCCAUCAGUUACAUCAUCACAGGAUGAUGGCCAAAGCCACAUGCGUCUGCUGAUGGUUGAUUCAGAGAGCAGUACUUCUGAAGAUGAUGAAACUAACACAAUCACCAGGCUCAGUUCCCCUGGAACUAAAGUUUGGGAUGGAAGAAGAAAUAGAAAUUGGGCCAUUUCUCUCAUUCAUCACCCGCUAGAAAAUUUUGACAGUCAUGGUACAAAGAUGAAUAAGAUGCAAUCAUGCUAUCAUAGACCACCCAGAACCCGAUUUGGCUGGAAAAGAUCAAGGUCAAGUGGUCAUAACAUGCACGAAGUUAAUAGAACUAGCUUUUUUUCUGGAGAUGAACAGGAUAUUCUUAGGUCUCCAAAAUCAAAUGUAAGUUCUGGGGACUCCAGUGAUGAUCCUGAUGUUGAUAAUUUGGGUAGAAUACACAGUGGAGCAGCAGCUUCUUCUUCAGCAUCCUCUAUUUCUAGGUCAGAACCUUGCAAUGUGGCUGUUAAUCCCCUGAAAAGUUCACUGCCAGUAGAUUCCUUUUUCAAAUUGAGAUGUGAGGUCUUAGGUGCGGAUAUUGUGAAGAGUGGCUCAAGAACAUUUGCUGUUUAUUCCAUAUCUGUAACAGAUGUAAAUAAUAAAAGUUGGACAAUUAAAAGGAGGUUUCGUCAUUUUGAGGAGCUACAUUGGCGCUUGAAAGAGUUUCCUGAUUAUAACCUUCAUUUGCCUCCGAAACAUUUUCUAACAACAGGUUUAGAUGUAACAGUUGUUCAGGAGCGUUGUAAAUUGUUGGAAAUUUAUUUAAAGGAGCUUAUGCAGCUUCCAAUAGUUUCAGGAUCAAUUGAAGCGUGGGACUUUCUCAGUGUCGACUCUCAGACAUACCGUUUCUCAAAUUUGCUUUCCAUUGUCAAAACAUUGCCAGCUGACAUGGAUGAUAAACCAUCCGAGAAAAGUAAAAGAACCUCCGAUUUUUCUGUAAGGGACCUCUUUGCCUUCAGAAGAGAGAACUUUGUUGUUAGUAAUCAGGCUGUUCUUGGAAAGGAUUCUCAGGGCUUAUUUGAAAAUUCUGGCAUUGAUACAAGUACUAGAGCAGAGAAGAGUGACACUUCUCCUGAGAACUUGCCAAAGACAGUGAAAGGGAAAGAGCCUGAUGGUUCGAUUGAGGUGUCUGAUUUAGUCCAUGAUACCUCUGACGCUCUUCCUAGAGAGUGGGUGCCUCCAAAUUUGAGUGUUCCCGUAUUGGAUCUGGUCGGUGUUAUCUUCCAGCUUCAAGAUGGUGGAUGGAUUAGGCGGAAAGUUUUUUGGGUUGUUAAACAGAUCCUACAACUAGGAAUGGGUGAUGCCUUUGAUGAUUGGUUGCUAGCCAAAAUCCAGCUUCUCCGUAAGGGGUCAGUGAUUGCUUCCGGGAUCAGGCGAGUUGAAAAAAUACUCUGGCCUGAUGGAAUAUUCAUAACCAAGCAUCCAAGUCGAAGGCCACCACCAAUUUCCAGCCCAUCUCAGAAUUCACCUCAUGGCCAGCAACCUAAAGAUUCAUCUUCUUUAAGGAAGGAUGAGCAGCAAAAGCAAGAGGAAGAUCGUCGUGCGAAGUUUGUGUAUGAGCUAAUGAUUGAUCAUGCACCAACAGCAAUUGUAGGUCUUGUUGGUCGCAAGGAGUAUGAACGGUGUGCCAGACAUCUCUAUUUUUUUCUUCAGUCAUCUGUUUGUUUGAAGCAGCUGGCUUUUGACAUUGUUGAAUUACUAAUGGUGACAGCAUUUCCAGAACUAGAUUAUUUAUUCAAGCAACUACACGAAGAAAAGCAUAAGUUUGGCAAAUUCAAUAGGAAUUAGAUAGAUUAUCCACAUGUUACACUAAUUUUGUGAUGGUACUGGUUGUCCAUUUUGUCUCUGCAACCAAGCAAGCAUCAGUCUCCAUGCAUCUUGCGGGUUCAUGCAAUUUCUGGAUUCAGCACCGUUUGGCUAGAUAUAUGAGCAAGCAUUAGUCCUGGUGGAAAAAGGCUAUAGUCACUUGAAAAGAAGCUUUGGGUUCGAGCAUGUACAGUACAGGAAACACCUUUGUAAUAAUUACUAAAUCUGAAGUCUGACCGAACUCUAAUCUAAAUUAGUUAGAAUCUAAUUUGACUGUAAAUAUGAGGAUGAUUUGUAAAAGAAUAAGUAAAUAAAUUAAAAGUCUAGUUGUAUCUUGUUUUA